AUGAUCUGGGUGGCAAACCAUCCACCCCUCACGUUGUUCAACAGGUCGAAGAUUUGGACGGCUCCCCUCCUCGGCGCUCGUGGCUGGGAGCAUACAAACAAGUUCAUCAAGAACGACUGGCAUGCCAUCGUCCCUCGUCACCUGGCCAAUGCCUACUGGGGCCGAUGGAGCCUGAUCAGACAUGGGUUGGCCCCAUGGACUCCCAUGAGUGAGCCUGGCGAGCUGCUUGCCGCUGUGUUGGCCGUGCUUGAAGUCCCGACGGGCCAGUUCGAUGCGAUUUUCUGCUUGGAGAACUGCCAUGCUUGGGCUUGCCAGUUCAAAUCCUGGUUUUCUCCUGAGAUGCGAUUGUCACGCUGGCGGUGGCCAGACAGCAGGCAGCGGCUUACCAGCAUUGCUUUGGCGCUGGAACGUGGCGAGCUGCGCUGGGCUCGCGAUGGCCAAG